AUGCGGUGUUCCAGCUUGCUACAUGCGGUGUUCCAGCUUGCUACAUGCGGUGUUCCAGCUUGCUACAUGCGGUGUUCCACCUUGCUACAUGCGGUGUUCCAGCUUGCCACAUGCGGUGUUCCAGCUUGCUACAUGCGGUGUUCCAGCUUGCCACAUGCGGUGUUCCAGCUUGCUACAUGCGGUGUUCCAGCUUGCCACAUGCGGUGUUCCAGCUUGCCACAUGCGGUGUUCCAGCUUGCUACAUGCGGUGUUCCAGCUUGCUACAUGCGGUGUUCCAGCUUGCCACAUGCGGUGUUCCAGCUUGCUACAUGCGGUGUUCCAGCUUGCCACAUGCGGUGUUCCAGCUUGCUACAUGCGGUGUUCCAGCUUGCCACAUGCGGUGUUCCAGCUUGCUACAUGCGGUGUUCCAGCUUGCUACAUGCGGUGUUCCAGCUUGCCACAUGCGGUGUUCCAGCUUGCUACAUGCGGUGUUCCAGCUUGCCACAUGCGGUGUUCCAGCUUGACACACGCGGUGUUCCAGCUUGCCACAUGCGGUGUUCCAGCUUGCCACAUGCGGUGUUCCAGCUUGCUACAUGCGGUGUUCCAGCUUGCUACAUGCGGUGUUCCAGCUUGCUACAUGCGGUGUUCCAGCUUGCUACAUGCGGUGUUCCACCUUGCUACAUGCGGUGUUCCAGCUUGCCACAUGCGGUGUUCCAGCUUGCUACAUGCGGUGUUCCAGCUUGCCACAUGCGGUGUUCCAGCUUGCUACAUGCGGUGUUCCAGCUUGCCACAUGCGGUGUUCCAGCUUGCCACAUGCGGUGUUCCAGCUUGCUACAUGCGGUGUUCCAGCUUGCUACAUGCGGUGUUCCAGCUUGCCACAUGCGGUGUUCCAGCUUGCUACAUGCGGUGUUCCAGCUUGCCACAUGCGGUGUUCCAGCUUGCUACAUGCGGUGUUCCAGCUUGCCACAUGCGGUGUUCCAGCUUGCUACAUGCGGUGUUCCAGCUUGCCACAUGCGGUGUUCCAGCUUGCCACAUGCGGUGUUCCAGCUUGCUACAUGCGGUGUUCCAGCUUGCCACAUGCGGUGUUCCAGCUUGACACACGCGGUGUUCCAGCUUGCCACAUGCGGUGUUCCAGCUUGCCACAUGCGGUGUUCCAGCUUGCUACAUGCGGUGUUCCAGCUUGCUACAUGCGGUGUUCCAGCUUGCUACAUGCGGUGUUCCAGCUUGCUACAUGCGGUGUUCCAGCUUGCCACAUGCGGUGUUCCAGCUUGCUACACGCGGUGUUCCAGCUUGCUACACGCGGUGUUCCAGCUUGCUACACGCGGUGUUCCAGCUUGCUACACGCGGUGUUCUAGCUUGGUACAUGCGAUGUUCCAGCUUGGUACAUGCGGUGUUCCAGCUUGCUACAUGCGGUGUGACAAGCCAUGCUGA